AUGGACUUGAUGCCAAGCUGCGUUUUCCUCCUGAUCAUUUCUCACGGUGUCCAGUGUGAUGUGCAGCUGGUGGAGUCUGGGGGAGGCGUGGUGCAGCCUGGGGGGUCUCUGAAACUCUCCUGUGCAGCCUCUGGAUUCACCUUCAGCGACUAUCCCAUGAACUGGGUCCGUCAGGCUUCAGGGAAAGGUCUGGAAUGGGUCGCAUACAUUAGUAAUCCUAGUGGAAGUACCACAUACUAUUCUGACUCUGUGAAGGGCCGCUUCACCAUCUCCAGAGACAAUGCCAAGAACAUGCUGUUCCUGCAAAUGAGCAGCCUGAAAGCCGAGGACACGGCUGUGUAUUACUGUGCAAGACACACAGUGAGGGGAAGUCAGUGUGAGCUCAGACACUAA